ACACAAGCGGAAACACCAGCAUAGUAAGAGGAAUGGCGCACAGCUACUCUUCCCUUGAGGAGGUCAGUGCAGCAUUGAGUAAAGAAGCUCUAAAAGCAUCCAAACUCCUCUUUGGAAUUGAUUUCACUAUAAGCAAUGAACGGACAGGCAAUGUCUCAUUCAAUAACCAGAGCCUGCAUGGCAUUGGAGAUGUACCUAAUCCAUAUGAGAAGGCCAUGUCUAUCAUUGGAACAACUUUAGCCCCUUUCAAUGAAGACAACUUAAUUACUUGUUUUGGUUUUGGUGAUGAGAUAACUCAUGAUGAGGAAGUGUUUAGCUUUCACAGUGAUCAUUCACCUUGCAACGGUCUUGAAGAAACUUUGUCCUGCUACAGAAAGAUAGCUCAAAACGCAAAACUUGCUGGGCCAACUUCUUAUGCUCCUGUAAUUAAGGCUGCAAACAACACAGUAGCGAAAAGUGUUGGUCAGUACCAUGUAUUGGUCAUCAUAUCUGAUGGCGAGGUUACAAGAAGCAGCGAUACAGGUGAUAAAGAUCUAAGUCCACAAGAAAAGGAAACACUCAAAUUAAUUGUCAAUGCGAGGUCAUAUUCACUCUCAAUUGUUCUGGUCAGAGUCGGUGAUGGACCUUGGGAAGACAUGAAGAACUUUGAGCUCCGUGCACGUAAAUGUCAAAAUUUCCAGAUGGUUAACUUCACUGAAAUUAUGUCUACAAAUGCGACAUCGGCUGAGAAAGAAAUAGCUUUUGCUCGAGCUGCCCUAAUGGAGAUCCCCUUCCAGUACAAAGCAGCAGUUGAACUUGGUAUUCUUGGACAUGUGACAGGAAGAGCAGAGGAAAUCAUUCCACGCCCUCCACCAGUUCCUCCAACUUGUGAGACAAGAAGCCCGAGAAUCACCUCCACAUCCUGCAAUGUAAUGGUCAUCUCACCAUGUGGCAUGUGGAAGGUGUGAGUCUCGGGCCGCCAUCGCUCCACUAAGGCUGUAAUUAGGCCGUGGUCAAGCUCUCUACCCGGCUGCCUCAGCAGUCCCUCCAAGCCCAAUGCCUUAAUAAUAUCAACAACUCGAUCAUCUACCAUUGGUUCUCGGUUGGAGAACUCUUCAGUACGGCCACGGCAAGUAAGGGCCCC